GGACCGUGACUCCUAUGGACUCGAUCAGAACAACAAUAAUAUGGAUCCGGACAUGGAGGACAAAACCCUGGAGCUGAUGAACAUGACCGUGAUGGAGCCACAGAAUCACUCAGAUGAUGUCUCGGCAAUGAAAACAACAGUAUUGAAGUUGGGGAACGGUUCAGUGCCGGGUUCGAGGAAGAGGUCGUCUCAGGGGAACUUCGAGAAGGAGAAGGAUCUGUGUAUCCAGGUGUUUGAUCAGUGGUCUGAAUCUGAUCAGGUGGAGUUUGUGGAACAUCUGAUCUCACGCAUGUGCCAUUACCAACACGGCCAUAUAAACUCUUACCUUAAACCCAUGUUACAGAGAGACUUCAUCACCGCGCUGCCAGCUCAGGGUCUGGAUCACAUAGCGGAGAACAUCCUCUCGUUUCUGGACGCUCGCUCUCUGUGCUCCGCGGAGCUCGUGUGCCGGGAUUGGCAGCGCGUCAUUUCAGACGGAAUGCUCUGGAAGAAACUCAUCGAGAGGAUGGUGCGCACGGAUCCGCUUUGGAAAGGACUGUCGGAGCGACAUCAGUGGGAGAACUAUUUAUUUAAGAACCGAACAAACGAGGUUCCGCCCAAUUCAUACUAUCGUUCGCUCUAUCCCAAAAUUAUACAGGACAUCGAGACGAUUGAAGCGAACUGGCGUUGCGGCCGUCACAAUCUUCAGCGGAUUCAGUGUCGAUCCGAGAACAGUAAAGGAGUUUACUGCCUUCAGUACGACGAUGAGAAGAUCAUCAGCGGCCUGCGAGACAACUCCAUCAAAAUCUGGGAUAAGCAGUCUCUGGACUGUUUGAAGGUUCUGACGGGACACACCGGAUCAGUUCUGUGUCUGCAGUAUGAUGAGAGAGUCAUAGUGACGGGAUCUUCUGAUUCUACUGUCAGGGUAUGGGAUGUUGGUUCUGGAGAUGUUCUAAACACUCUGAUCCAUCAUAACGAGGCGGUUCUGCACCUGCGGUUCUGUAACGGGCUGAUGGUCACAUGUUCUAAAGAUCGCUCCAUUGCCGUGUGGGACAUGGCGUCUGCUACCGACAUCAGUUUGCGGCGUGUGCUCGUGGGUCACCGCGCCGUUAACGUGGUUGACUUUGAUGACAAAUACAUCGUGUCUGCAUCUGGAGACAGAACCAUUAAAGUGUGGAGCACCAGCACGUGCGAGUUUGUGCGGACUCUGAACGGUCAUAAGCGUGGCAUCGCAUGUCUGCAGUACAGAGACCGACUCGUAGUUAGCGGCUCUUCGGACAACACUAUCAGACUGUGGGACAUUGAGUGUGGUGCGUGUCUGCGUGUGUUGGAGGGUCAUGAGGAGCUCGUGCGCUGCAUCAGAUUUGAUAACAAGCGGAUUGUGAGCGGAGCGUAUGAUGGGAAAAUUAAAGUUUGGGAUUUACAGGCUGCUUUGGAUCCUCGAGCCCCUGCCAGUACAUUAUGUCUGCGUACACUUGUGGAGCAUUCUGGGCGAGUGUUCCGGCUGCAGUUUGAUGAGUUCCAGAUUAUUAGCAGUUCCCAUGACGACACAAUCCUUAUAUGGGACUUCCUGAAUGACUCCACCAAUGGACAGUCAGAGGGUCAGUCGCCCUCACGGACCUACACUUACAUCUCAAGAUAGCAGGUGCCUCAUCGAUGUGCCAAUGCGUCUUGGGCGAGCCGAGAGCUGGUUGGUUGUUGGCUGUCCCCGUCACAGAAUCUGCCUCUUCUUUCUGUCUGGCUAAAAAGAUCAAAAACACAAACCAACACAUAUUCCUGCUUUUGCCAAACACAAAACACACGUUUGAUUAUUAAAUAUACCCUCUGCAUUAAACGUCCCAAACACUCGGAAGAUACAGAACUCUUCCAAAAUACAAAACACUGUCCCAGAGCAACUUUAGCACCGUUCCUAGUGGAUCAAUGACACACACACACACACACACACAGAUGUUUAAUAGCUUCAAACUGUAUCCAUCAUUGCUGCUCAGAUGACCCCAACAUCACGUCAUACUCAUAAGCUCUGCACUAAUAACUCGUAUAAACAGACAGAAAUCAGCCAGAAAAUACUUCAUGGACUGCUGUGUGAGAAACAGAGACUCAUUCAAUCUGCAGGAGGUAAACAUGAAAGAAACUGAUGCAGACAGGAUCGAGAACAGAUUCAUGAAUGCCGUAUAUCGCUUUUCUCUCCACCCGCCCCCGUUUUCCCGCCACACCUCUCUUCAGGAUCCGGGGCGCACUCGUUUGUCAGGACGACAAUGUGGAGCGACGGUUUCUGCAUGCGUACGAGGUUCAGCUGCGGGACCGUCUGCUCAUGCCUCUACAUUAUGUCUCGCCUUUAUUGUUUUUUUUAAUCAAAUUUGGUUCUUCAUCUCUUUAGUAUGGUUGUGCUAGGCAUUGUUAGUCUUCGUCUCUCUCAAUGUCUGGUGUCUUUCUUUUCGCCCGCUUGCUCAUCGAGGGCCGUGUGUAGUUGUAAACAGAACUGUCUUUGUCGAAAUGUGUUGUACAUGAAAAAGAGUUUUUUUAAGAAAUAUUGUGAAUAAAGUACUUGACCAUG